CCCCCUUUUUGUGUGUGCACUCUGUGUGUGUGGCGUCCCCGCGGACAGUGACGCCGAGGCUCCUAGCGGGAUCGCUGCGCGCCCGCCCCUUUCCAUCGGGGGCUCGGCUUCGGCCAGCCCCAGGCGGGCGACCGUCACAGCGGGAGGAGGAGCUCGAGGACGGCGGCCCGCGUUUCGCAGGCGGGAAGAUGGCGGCGGCCUCGGUGUCGGCAGCUUCUGAGUCUCAGUUUUCGAACAUCCUAGCUGAACCAUCAAGGUCUUAUGGGAAGUUGGUCCGUCGUUCUUCGUCCCCAUAUGUAUUAUAUCCACCUGAUAAGCCUUUCCUUAACAGUGAUCUGCGACGCUCCCCAAAUAAACCCACAUUUGCCUAUCCGGAAAGCAACAGCAGAGCCAUAUUUUCUGCUCUCAAGAAUCUUCAAGAUAAGAUUCGACGCUUAGAACUGGAAAGGAUUCAGGCAGAAGAAAGUGUGAAAACUUUGUCUAGGGAAACAAUUGAGUAUAAGAAAGUAUUGGAUGAACAGAUACAAGAGAGAGAGAAUUCAAAGAAUGAAGAAUCAAAGCACAAUCAAGAGCUGACAUCCCAGUUGUUAGCCGCAGAAAACAAAUGUAAUCUUUUAGAAAAACAACUGGAAUACAUGCGAAAUAUGAUAAAGCAUGCAGAAAUGGAGAGGACAUCUGUCUUACAAAAGCAGGUUUCCCUAGAAAGAGAACGACAGCAUGACCAAACCCAUGUUCAGAGCCAGCUGGAGAAACUGGAUAUUCUUGAACAGGAGUACAACAAGCUCACCACAAUGCAGGCCCUUGCAGAAAAAAAAAUGCAAGAGUUGGAGUCCAAACUCCAUGAAGAAGAACAGGAAAGGAAGCGUAUGCAGGCCCAGGCAGCAGAGUUGCAGACUGGCCUAGAAGCAAACAGACUUAUUUUUGAAGAUAACACAACGUCAUAUGUUCCAACCACCACUAGAAAAAUUAAAAAAAAGAAGUCAAAACCACCAGAAAAGAAAGGUUCUAGGAACUAUUUUGGUGCACAGCCACAUUACAGAUUGUGCUUAGGUGACAUGCCUUUUGUUGCUGGAAAGUCCACCAGUCCCAGCCAUGCCGUGGUGGCCAAUGUUCAGCAUGUCUUGCAUCUGAUGAAACACCACAGUAAAGCUUUGUGCAAUGAUCGAGUUGUUAACAGUGUUCCCUUGGCAAAGCAAGCCUGUUCGCGAAGCAGUAAGAGUAAGAAGUCAGGGAUGCCUCCCUCCAGCAGUCUUAAUGAAGAACUGUCGGAUGUCUUACAGACUUUGCAGGAUGAAUUCGGGCAAAUGAGCUUCGAUCACCAGCAGCUUGCUAAACUCAUCCAGGAAUCACCAACUGUGGAACUAAAAGACAAUUUGGAAUGUGAACUGGAGGCGUUAGUGAGAAGGAUGGAAGCCAAGGCCAACCAGAUAACUAAAGUGCGGAAAUACCAAGCCCAGCUGGAGAAACAAAACAUAGAUAAGCAGAAGAAUGAAUUGAAAGUUAACAAAAAAACUCUCGAUGAAGGAGGAAACAGCAGCAGCCAUUCAACUGGAGUCACAAAGACCGCAAGUAAGAAGGAUAUUGCCAAACAGAGACCUGGAGAAAAAAGCAGGAAAAAUCUUCAGUUACUGAAGGACAUGCAAACCAUACAGAAUUCAUUGCAGAGCAAUAAUCUGUGUUGGGAUUACUGACACCAGGUCAUAAAUAAUGUACCCUACAGUGACAAUAGACCUUCCAGGUUUCAUGCUUGCUAAUGUUGCCAUUACUAGCAGGUGGUAAGGGGCCUGAGCUUCAUUACACAAUCUCUUGUGCUAUGCAGCACAACUAAAUGGAAAUGGAGUUUUACAGUUUGAGAAGCUGCACUGUUCCUUAGAAUUUGCUGUAUUCGUAUACUGCACUUUGUAAAGAAACAACCAGUUUUUUACUUGUGGGUGUGUUUUUUAAGUAAGUAUAUAUGUAAAUUGGGUUUGAAAAUUCAGGCUAUGAGGCUGUUUCCAUAGUCAGUGCUUGAAAAGUCUUGUUUUUAAAUCUCCCCACAGCGUGAGUGCCAACUACUCUCCCUUCUCCAGAUGACCAUUAAAUGUACUGUUUUCAAUUUCUGAUGGAGGCUUUCUGUACUUAAAUAUUUAUAUACUUAAGAGGACUUUGCUUUGUAUUUCAGACAUUGAUCAAUAUUAAAUUCACUCUUAAAGACCCAAACAUUUUAAGUCAGUUACCCAUGAAAUGUAUGUGUUCAUAAAACUAAACAGUUAAUAAAAUUUUGGAAUAUAGAAUCAGAAGGGAGAUGUAAAAUAUACACAUUUGCAGUUUCUAGACAGUACCUGUUUGUAAUCAUGUUAUUCAGUGAAGCACUGGCUUUUACCUUGACUUGUAGAGAAUCUUAUGCUCUUAACGUACAGUGUAAGGGUAGUAUGUGAACUGAGCACACACAGCUAUCAUGUCCAUGUAAAUUAUAAUUCUGAAUAGAUCGACAUGUUAAACUUUAUACAUUUGAUACUUGAAAUCAAUAAAGCAAUUUUUAACUAUGCUUAACAGCAAGCUAACAAAGGCUUCAUUUGUUGUACCAUCUCAAACGUGCAUUAUUAGUAUCCUGAUCGAGAAAGAAGAGUAUUCAAUGCAUGUUAUUCUUGUGCUUACAGACACCUAAGCCCAGUGU